UCUUAUCCUCGAAACUCUCCAAAAACGAAACUUAGUGAACAGAAGGAACAAGAAGAUGGGACCCUCACCAACCAUACACACACCCCAAGUUCAUUAACACCAUUUCUUCAGCUUCUUCACGAGCUCAGAUAGAGAGAGAGAGAGAGAGAGAAGCAAGCAGCAAUGGCGAAGAUGGUUGUGUUGCAGCAGCACCAGCCUUCUUUCUCUCCCCUUUCUUCUUCACUCUCUGACUUCAAUGGAACCAAGCUCAAUUUCCGAGUCCAGUAUAAGAGGAAGGCCUACAGGCCAAAAGGAGCACUUCAUGUUUCAGCAUCGAGUGCCAAGAAGAUUCUGAUAAUGGGCGGCACCCGAUUCAUCGGUGUGUUCUUGUCCAGGCUCCUCGUGAAAGAUGGUCACCAGGUUACUUUGUUUACAAGAGGUAAAGCUCCUAUUGCCAAGCAAUUACCGGGCGAAUCUGAUGAAGACUUUGCUGAUUUUUCAUCCAAGAUUCUUCAUUUGAAAGGAGACAGAAAGGACUAUGAUUUCGUGAAAUCCAGUCUCGCAGCUGAAGGCUUUGAUGUUGUUUACGAUAUUAAUGGAAGAGAAGCAGAAGAAGUUGCCCCCAUAUUGGAUGCACUUCCCACACUAGAACAGUUCAUCUUCUGUUCUUCAGCCGGUGUUUAUCUGAAAUCUGAUCUCUUGCCACACUGUGAGACAGAUGCAGUUGACCCGAAGAGCAGGCACAAGGGGAAGCUAGAAACCGAGAGCUUGUUGGAAUCAAGAGGUGUCAAUUGGACUUCGAUACGACCUGUUUACAUCUACGGUCCAUUGAACUAUAACCCCGUGGAAGAAUGGUUCUUCCACCGUUUGAAAGCCGGUCGCCCCAUUCCAGUUCCAAGCUCUGGAAUACAGAUCACUCAACUUGGUCAUGUGAAGGACUUGGCAACUGCGUUUCAAAUUGUUCUUGGCAAUGAGAAAGCCAGCAGAGAAGUAUUCAACAUCUCGGGAGAGAAGUACGUCACGUUUGAUGGGUUAGCAAGGGCCUGCGCAAAGGCCGGCGGGUUCCCAGAGCCAGAGAUCGUUCACUAUAACCCGAAAGAGUUCGACUUUGGGAAGAAGAAGGCAUUCCCCUUCCGUGAUCAGCAUUUCUUUGCGUCGGUGGAGAAAGCAAAGCAUGUGUUGGGAUGGAAACCGGAGUUCGACCUCGUGGAGGGUCUGACCGACUCGUACGAUCUCGAUUUCGGCCGUGGAACUUUCCGGAAAGAGGCCGAUUUCACCACCGACGACAUGAUUCUCGGCAAGAACCUCGUUCUUCAAUCCUGAAAAUUGUCCACAGCUCUGCAUCUUUUUAUAACAGAGAGGUUUUCAUGUGACCUUUAGUUUUUUUUUUUUGGUGCUUAAUUCACACAAACUUCGUGGUUUAUUGUUUAAAAUAUAAAUGUUCUCUCAGAAAGAAACAUC